GCUCCUCUUUGCCUUUCCGGGUUGUUGGCGUCUGUCAGGAUCGAAACAGCAGGAGAGAAGCGGAGGGUUUUCCUUUCGCUUUUUCUCCCAAGCCAUUUUUCGGAUCUUGUAAACUCUCCGCAGCAUGAAGACGUUCGCCGGUCCUUCUGAGCCGACAUGCUGAGAGGAGUCCGUUAGCUGGCAGCGUCCGAGCCGAGCUGUGAAGCGGAGUGUGAGCGUGAGGAAGCAGAGCUGGUGGUUUUGUUAACCUCAGGAUGAUUUUAUAAUCGCACCAAACAAACUACAUAACCUGCUUUUUAAAUCAGGAGCGGGUUUAUAACCGCAGCUCGCCGCGUUUCGCCGAACAGCUGUCAGAGGUGUGAGAGGUGUUGCUGACGAAGCUGAAGUCAGCUGCUUAUUCUCCACCUCCUCGUUGGAAUUUUUCCGGUCCACCUUAAGUGGUGCAGCACUCGGAGCAGCCUCGGGCGCCAGACUGUAACUACUGCACCAUUUAAGGUGGAACGGGAAAAUUCCGACGGGGAGCUGGCGAAUUGGAAGCUGGUUUCAUCCUGGUGUUGUUGUGCGGUGUCAGCUCGGCCUGCUGUGAGAAAACUGAUGAAUAGCGUUAACAGCUGGUGUAACUUAACCGAGGACAGACAUGUCUGCGUUGUGCUGAUCUGGGCCAUAGGUUUAUUUAUGGAGCUCCCUUGUGUUUUAUUUUCUCAAAUUCUUGUGUUAAAAGGUGUAAAAGUAUUAAAAAGGAGGAUUAAACAAUACAAAUUAAAAAACGAUUGUUUCAAUGUUUUAAAGUUUUAGAUUGUUUUUUAACUUAAAAUCAUAUGUCAUGGAAUAUAUUCAUGUGUAUAUACAUGUUUUUAAACCGGAUUUUUCAUAGUUGAAGCGUUUAUGUCAAAGUUAGUCCAUCAUGGAGAUGUAACUGGCACUCAGAGUGGUUUGAUGUGACACGGUGCAUGAUGGAGAGGCUCACUGAGUCAGGUUGUUGUUUUGCAGUGGUGGUGAUCGGAAACAGGGUUCACAAUGUCUACAAUGCAAAUCUAGCCAUGUUGUUUAGGAGCUAAAAUGACCAGUGACCCUACACGUCUUCUAUACAUAAGGAUGACAGGGGUAAAAGUGGUAAAGCCAAGCUAUGUAUAGAUUUUCCACAGAAACUAUUUUGAUUUCCAAAAAAAAGUGAGUGUGGAGACUCGAAUCAGAAGUCUGAUGCCUCUGAAAUCUCUCUCACAGAAAUGUGUUACGUGAAAUUUACAUUUAUGCCAUUUGACUGGCGCUCUUAUCCAGAGCCACUUACAGUCUGAUCAUUUUACACAGGAAGGUGAAGGUGGUGUUGGGAGUCUUGCCCAAGGACUCUUAUUGGUGUAGUGUAGGGUGCUUGCUCUGGUGGGGGAUUGAACCCUAGUCUACAGUGUAGAAGGCAGAGGUGUUAACCACUACACUAACCAACCACAAAUGGUUAUAAAUAUGCUCAGAUGUAGUUUUACCAUAAAGUGUUGGCCUAAAACUUGCAUUUUUAAAUAACAUUCAUAGUUAAGAGGGCGUUGUACAGCAAAAUAAAAUUGCUCCUAUUUUACAGUCAUCAGCAUUACUUAAAACAACUCGAAAGACUUGUGCAGUUUUAUGAGCAGUUAACCAAUACUGAACAACUCUGACUCUGUGUAGGAGUCAGAAUUAUUCACAGUGGUGGUGAUAGGAACCAGACAUCUGAAGAGAAAGUUAUUAUAUGAAAUGGUUAUGAAUACACUGCCUGAUAUCUCAGACAUAGUUAAGAGGGCAAAAUAGCCCCCCCCUUGCUACUAUUGUACAAUUAUCAGCAUUACAUAUAAAAACUCCAAAAGACCUGUGUAGGUUUAAGGGUCUUUUUGGGUAGUAAAUAAAAUGGUAUCUUGAUGUCUAGUUCCUUUCUCCACUAUUUAAAUAGAUCUGGGUUAUUGCGUUUCUCUACGGUGAAGCACAUCAAACCAGUCUGAAUGGCUUUGUUUACAUCUCAGUAAUGGAUUCAUGGAGGAAUUUUAGGAAGUCAGUGGAAUUUUUCUUUAACCACUUUACUGGAUGGUGCUGAGUGCCUACAGACUAAAUACAGCACGUUCUAUCAUGCUUUGAUGUUUUUUGUGUACGAUAUGCAUUUCAUCAAUUAUUGUUUUUCACAUCUGAGUAAAUCUUCCAUUUGUAGUGCAAUGCCAGUGUCACUGCAGCAGAAAGUUGGCACAUCCUCCAGCUCAGAGUUUCCCCCAGACUGGGAAGAUGAUGAGCGGAUGGCCUUCUUGUUCUCCGCCUUCAAGGAAAACAGAGAGGUGGACCCGACAGACUGGGAUGGGAAAAUGAACUUCUGGUCCCCGCUGAUUGUGGAAAGCUGCCGAAGGCAAGGGUCUGUGUGUGUGAGCCUGCAGGAGCUGAAUGAAAGUUUUCGGAGAAAGGGGGCCAUUCCUCUGGGCCUGGGAACAGUCGUUCAGAGUAUGAUCAGGAGUGGGAAAGUGCAGAAGGAGUCGGAUUUUGCUGCUAACGUAGAUUCUGGCUGGUUGUCUUGGGGCGUCGGGCUGUUGUUGGUGAGACCGUUGAAAUGGACAUUGUCGGCUCUGCUGGGCAGCGGGAGAGUUCCAUUAGAGGAGACGUUUGUGGUGAUUGAAUUGGUUAAAGAGAAGGCUGCAGCAUUGCUGGCUGCGUAUCGAAGCUCUCCUUUGGCGGGACAGUCUCUGCUGUCCUUUCAGGAGCUGCGCUCUCUCUCCUCUCACAUCUGCCCGGACGAGACAACUCUGUGCCUGGCUCUGCUGCAGCUGCAGAGGGGGAAACACGUCACCGUCUCACUACAUGAGGGGGAAAAGUUGGUGAAGUUCAGUCAGGCAGGACAUGGACGCGUGUCUCCAGUCAGUGAGGUGGAUCUGGGGAUCUAUCAGCUGCACCGCAGUGAGAAGCUGCUGGAGGAGAGAGUGGAGGCCUUGGGCCAGGAAGCAGAAAAAUGUAAAGAACAGGCAAAGGCUCUGCUGAAAGAAGGGAAAAAGUCCCAGGCACUGAGAUGUCUAAAGGGGAGAAAGCGUGUGGAGAGGAAAGCAGACCGUUUGUACACUCAGCUUGAGACAGUUAAGGGAAUCCUGGACAGGAUAGCCAGCUCACAGACUGACCGCCUGGUGAUGCAGGCAUACCAGGCAGGCGUAGCAGCUCUGAGGAUUUCUCUGAAGGGCGUAACGGUUGAGAGAGCCGAGAACCUGGUUGACCAGAUUCAGGAGCUCUGUGAUACUCAGGAUGAAGUCAAUCAAACUCUUGCAGGUGGAGCCCUAGACUCAAAUGAAGCAGAUUCAGAGGAGCUGGAGGAGGAGCUGAAGUCUUUAUUAGAAGAGAAUGCUCCAGACACAAGUCUAACACUACCAGAGAUCCCAUCACACCCUAUCGCAACUAAAGAAACGGCUGUGCUGGACGACGCUUUCUUUCACUCCCUGCCCUCCGUGCCUGAUACUAGCAUUACCGAUGAGGAGCUGGAGAGGGAGCUCGGUCGAAUCAGGCUAAAUGCAACAUAGAGGACUGAUGUCAGUGUUGAAGUGUUGGCGUGACACAGCACAGAUGAGAACAGAUGGCACAAAAACCACUGGACAGGCUGUGUACAGAGACUGCAGUUUACAGAGAGAGAGCAAUCAUAUAGCCUACAGUGUGUUUCUUUUUUUUUUUUUUUUUUUUGUCAUGAUUCAUGUUUGUAAUGGCAUGUUUGUGUUUUUCUUUUUAAAGAGAGUUUUAAGAGUGGCCUUUAAGUAAAAAUGUAUUAUUCUAAUAAAAAUUAUGAUGCUUAACAGGGUAUAUUAA